GUGGGAGAGAGAAUGACAGGUUCGGUUGACAGCUUUCACGUCAUGCGGCGUCCCGUUUAGAUGUCGCACAUUGAUGACGUACUGUGUGGUGCUCCGUAAGCCGUCUUUGACAUCAACUAUCUCAACCGAGGACUGAAUUUUACAACCUAAGGGUAUGUCAUCUGUGUGUGGCACCAGCAACGGCUGUCAAGAUGCAGGUCAAGAGGCCACGGACAAACAGGAGAAGGAGCAUCCUCGUGUACUCAUCCCUGAGCUAUGCAGACUCUUCUACCAGCUGGGAUGGGUGACGGGGACAGGCGGAGGGAUCAGUCUGAGACGAGGAGAGCAGAUCUACAUCGCACCGUCGGGUGUCCAGAAAGAGAGAAUACAGCCAGAAGACAUGUUUGUGUGUGAUGUGGAGGAGAGAGACAUCAGCUGUCCACCUGCCUGGAAGAAGUUGAAGAAGAGCCAGUGUACACCCCUUUUUAUGAAUGCCUACACUAUGAGAGGGGCACAGGCAGUUAUACACACCCACUCCAAGGCUGCUGUCAUGGCAACACUGCUGUAUCCUGGCAGAGAGUUCAGGAUAACACAUCAGGAGAUGAUCAAGGGGAUUCGUAAGGGCACCUCAGGCACCAACUAUCGUUAUGAUGACACCCUGGUAGUGCCUAUUAUUGAAAAUACACCAGAGGAGAGGGACUUGAAAGACCGGAUGGCUCGGGCAAUGGAAGAAUACCCAGAUUCCUGUGCUGUCCUCGUCCGCCGACAUGGUGUCUACGUCUGGGGGGAGUCCUGGGAAAAGGCAAAGACCAUGUGUGAAUGCUAUGACUACCUGUUCGACAUGGCUGUCCAGAUGAAGCAGAGUGGACUGGACCCUUCAGCCCUCCCAAUGGAAGAAAAGGGAAUAGUUUGACAUUCACUGGUGAUUUUUAAAAGAGCCAUUUGUUGCAGAGAGGUCAGUGGAGUUCAAUCAGGAGAGCAGAUUGUAAUCAUUUGCCUUUCACGCUGGCCUGCUUCAAAUUUGAUGAAAUUUGAUGGUGGGGUUGAAGGAGAUUGAAUGCCUGUGAUCCGGAAGCACCCGGAGGUACGCUGCAAAGCACUGUGGGACAGCUCAUGAAUGAGGAGCUUUCAGAUCAUAGUCCACAGGUUCAAAAGCUUUCCUAUUCAGGUUCGACUGUACAUCAGGCAUGAGCAUGCUAUGAAUUUAAAUGGGUCUGUAAUGGGUUUUCCCUCAGCUGAAAUAAACUAAAAACAAAGUUUUGAGAUGUAAACCAGUCUCCACUUUGAGAACCAUUUCUUUUGUUUGCUUUUUCUUUUUAAUUCAAGGCACAGAGACUGAUGUCAGAUGUUCUGUGUAAGUGAAAAAUCUUUUCUGAAUUUUUGGAGCCAUAUUUUGGCCUCAGACAGCAAGUAUAAUACACAUACUUGUGGAAUGGCACACACAUAAAUGACUGUGGUCAUCUUGUCAAACACCUGUCAGUGAAAAUAACCCUGUGUUGCGUCAAAGGAACCCUUGCUGUGUCCAUGGACAUCUUCCAUCUCAAUCCCCCCCCCCCACAAGCACAAGGCGAGUGCAUUUGGUGCGGGCAUUGCACAAUGCUCGUAGAUCCUUGCACAGCAUGACUUCUCUGCAUACUCAUUUCUCAUGAAAGCCAGAGUUGUUGUUCUUUUAACAAGCUCCCUCUGCUGCCACCAUCCCAUUGCUUCCAGCACUGUACUUGCUCAAAACAGAGCACUGUCAAAUAUGCCGCAGGCUUAUUUGAAAAAGGAAAAAAAAAAGAUGCAAGAAAUAAAAAAAAUACAACAACAA